CACUGGAACUACAGCUCCCAGCAUGCCCCGCUCCCCACCACUUUGCGACGAAGCAAAUUAAUUCUCCAAAGAGAAAACUCCAGCCCCGCCCCCACGCCGCUGGCCGCGCGACAGCUGGGACGGGCCAGGUCAGAGGGGCCGCAAUGCCAUCGGGCAGCAUCGAGGUGGAGUCGAAGUUUGAGGCCGGGCCGGACACGGAGGCCAGGCUGGCGGCACUGGGGGCAGCCCCGGCCGGGAGCUCGUCCUUCCGUGACCUUUACUACGACACCCCCGACCUGCGCCUCACGCGGGCUGACCACUGGCUGCGGCUCCGCCAGGGGGCCGGCUGGGAGCUCAAGUGCCCCCCGGUGCCACGCGGAGGAGCCGAAGGGUCCAGCCAUGGCCUGGGUGCCGCGUCCCCGGAGCCGCCAGCAGGGGGCGCCAGAGACUCCAGCCAUGUCCCAGAUGCCGUGUCCCCGGAGCCUCCCGCCAUGGCCACCACCUACCAGGAGUUGACGAGCCCCCGCGCCAUCAUGGGCCGGCUAUGCGGGGUGCUAGGCGUGGCCCCCGUGCCUGGCUGGGACCAGGUGCCUGGGGCCGUGACUGGGCUGGGCCUGCAGGAGUUUGCCAGCUUCGUGACCCGGCGCCGCAGCUACCGGCUGGGGGGCCUGCGGGUGGACCUGGACCAGGCGGAUUUCGGCUACGCCGUGGCCGAGGUGGAAGCCCUGGUGGGGGCCCAGGAGGACGUGCCGGCGGCGCUGGAGGAGGUGCUGCAGCUCUGGCGGGCACUGGGGCGGGACGGUGCCACCCGUGUGCCGGGCAAGAUGAGCGUCUACCUCCAGCGGCAUCGCCCCCGGCACUACCAGGAGCUACUCCGGGCGGGGGUGCUGGCCGGGGACUCGCAGCUGCCCCCCCAUGACGACAACACUUCCGAGCCAGAGAUGCUGGCCACACGGGGCCCCUCCAAAGUCAUGGAACUGGCGGGGGGGCCGGAGGGUGAAACGGGGCCCCCUAGCGCCGGGGGGGGAUUGGGCAUGGACUGGCCCCCUAGUGCCGGGGGAUUGGGCAUGGACCAGCCCCCCCCUCCGCAGCACAGUGCCCCCUACUGCUGGGGUGGGGAUUGGGCACAGUGCCCCCUAGCACUGGGGGCAGAGUGGGCAUGGACCGGCCCCCCUCUGCAGCACAGCGCCCCCUAGCGCCGGGAGUGAUUGGGCACGGACCGGCCCCCUCCCCCCAGCUGCAGCCCAUCUAAGGAUCCCACGCUCACAGAACAGGGCUCUAACACCAGAGCGCCAUGGGGCCGGCCCACGGCCGAGCGGCUCCCUGCUCCGUUGGCCUCGGUGGCUCACUGCAGCGUGACCCCCAGUCACACGCCAGCACGCGCCCGGCUUGGCCCCAGGCCCGAGGGCGGAUACAGAGGAAAGCUGCAGCUGUGGGACCCGCCCCCGUUUGAUCCCCUGGGGGAGAGCAUGGACAGCUGCCCCCCCCCCCCCCAAUUCAACCCAGUUACGCUAGGAUGAGGCAGCCAGACCAAGGGGGGGAGGGAAGUUCAGACAUGGCAAAGAGCUGGGGGCUAGGGGGGGUGUUAAGGGUUAUGCUGGGCUCCGGUUGCCCCCUGGCCGAGCAAUGGGAUAGGACGGGGACCCAGCGGCCGUCAGCUCCCUUGGGGGGACCCGUGGCCGAGGGAGGGGCCCCAGGGCACAGCACCCCCUAGUGACCAGCCCGGGGACGGGCCCCAGCGCCCCGUAGGGACAGACUGGGUGACAGGGCACAGCCCCCCCAGUGACCGGCCAGGCGAUGGGCCCCAGGGUGCAGCGCCCCCUAGUGGACACUUGGACCAAGAGACAUGUUCAGGGGCUUGAUUUUUAUUGUCUAAACAUUCUGUCCACA